UGUGCGUUUUUUCCGCAUACCGGCACAGAGCACUGGCCAGUCAACAGUCAACAUGCGUACUUUUUUCGUGAUCUCCUGUCUAAUCGUGGUGUGUUCAGCACAGACUGAUAAAUUACAAUGUGGGUCCCACGAAGUGGAGGCGUGCGUCAAAGACUGUCCACCGGAGAAGUCUUGCAGGAACCGGGGCAUUAAGUUCAACUGCUUAAAUGACGAUAGCCCGUGCACUCCCAAAUGCAUCUGUGCCGAGGGAUACUAUAGGAAUGCUAUUGGAACCUGCAUUACUGGGGAGGAAUGUGACAAAUGCCAAGGCAAGAACGAGUUUUAUGCCUGUGACAGCGCAUGCGACAAUGUCUGUGCCGACAUCGCCACCCAGAAUCGGACCAAAUGCCCCAUACUGAACAUCAAGUGCAACGAAUGGUGCUACUGCGAUGAUGGGUACGCGAGAGACGCAAACGGAAACUGCGUGCCUGUUAGUGAAUGUCCGAAGCCAGCUGCCACUUCUGGAAGAUACGCUAGAGCAGGUCCCAGGUGUGGGCCCAACGAACACUUCACAUGUCGGCUUCCCUGUCCUCCCGAGACUUGCAUCUCAUUGGUUGCGAAAUUCCGGUGUGACGGCCAGCAGAAAUGUAGACCUCAAUGUGCCUGCAAGUCUGGCUUCUUGAGAAAAGAGGAAGGGUCGCCCUGUGUGCCGAUCUGCGAAUGCCCCGAGAUGGCCAGCUCUGUAGAUUGCCAAAGAUCAUAAUUUAUAGCCACUUUUAAGUCAUAAUGUAAUCCAAAGAACAAAAUUACCUAAUUAAAUGCACAGUUAUAAUUGAA